AUGGAAUCGACAACGACCAAAGUCCCCGACACGGUCGUCGAGGAGGCCCGCCUGCUGUCCGCGGGGUCGCAGCAUCUGCACCGCAAGCUGCGGGGUAGAGAGGUGCAACUUCUCGCAGUCGGCGGCGCUAUCGGGACCUCCUUGUUUGUGCAAAUGGGCGCUGUACUGCCGAAAGGAGGACCAGCAGGCCUGCUGCUGGGAUUUGCGGCAUAUGGCACAAUUAUUCUCGCCGUGAACCAAUGUUUUGCGGAAAUGGUGUGUUAUCUGCCCAUACCGUCGCCGUUUGUUCAGCUGGCAGGUCACUGGGUCGACGAUGCCCUAGGCUUUGCCAUGGGGUGGAACUUCUUCCUCACGAUGGCUCUGGGGAUUCCUUACGAGAUUGUCGCAAUCAAUGUACUUCUCACGUAUUGGACGGAUCGUAUACCGGUGGCGGCAGUUGUUGUGAUCGUCAUGGUGAUAUAUGGGUACAGCAUCCCCGUCUAUCUGAGAGCCAGUGUUCACUAUGGCAGUGUUCUGAAUAUUUUGACCGUGCGCUACUUCGGAGUGGCCGAGUUCUACAUCUCCAUCUGUAAGAUUAUUUUGAUGAUCGGGUUGAUUUGCUACACCUUCGUGACGAUGGUCGGAGGGAACCCUCAUCACGAUGCAUAUGGCUUCCGUUACUGGAAUGACCCUGGCGCCUUCGUCUCAUAUCUCACCGCAGGAAACACCGGUCGCUUCUGCGGUGUCCUCGCAUGCAUGAUCCAGGCGUCGUUCACAAUGGUCGGACCAGAAUACAUCUCAAUGACCGCUGCAGAAGCCGAGCGGCCACGGACGGUGAUGCAUCGGGCCUUCACCUCCUUCGUCUGGCGCCUGAUGGUCUUCUUCAUCGCCGGCGCCUUAUGCAUGGGGAUCGUGCUGCCGUACAACGACCCAACCCUGGCCGCGACGAUCGCAGGAACCCGCAAGGGGAGCGGAACCGGCGCAGCAUCCCCCUACGUAAUCUCCAUGAACAACCUCUCGAUCCCCAUCCUCCCACACAUCGUGAACCUCCUAAUCCUGACCUCCGUCCUCUCCGCCGGCAACAACCUCGUCUACUCGGCCUCGCGCACGCUGCACGGGCUGGCCCUGACCCGCAAAGCCCCCGCCAUCCUAGCCAGAUGCACCAACCGCGGCCUCCCGAUCUACGCGAUAGUCCUAACCAUGGCAUUCUGCUGCCUCGCCUUCCUCCAGGUGCAACACGCCUCCGCCACCGUCCUGAACUGGCUGGUCAGCGUCAUCACCGCAUCCUAUCUACUGAAUUACUUGGGCACGUGUGUCACGUAUCUUCAUUUCUAUACUGCAUUAAAAGCGCAGGGCGUGGAUCGGGCCACACUCCCGUUUCGAGGGUAUCUCCAGCCGUAUGCGGGGUGGUUUGCUGUCUUCGGGACCGGGGUGAUGGUGUUGGUGCUGGGGUGGGAGGUGUUUUUGCACGGGCGGUGGAGUACCGAGACUUUUGUGUUGGAUUAUGCGAUGAUUGCGGUGUUUGUGGCUCUGGGGGCUGGGUGGAAGGUGUUUAGGCGGACGGGGUGGGUGCGGCCCGAGAGGGCGGAUUUGGGGGUUGACGGGUUACGGGCGGAGGUGGAUGAGUAUGAGCGGGUGGUUGGGGAUGGACUCAACAAAAGGAAGGGGUGGUGGAGGUGGUGGGUAGUCGAUCGGUGGUUCGAGUAG